GUCCAAUCCCCUUCUCUGAUCCCGCAGAUCUCCCGUGGACCCUUUAAAAGCCGCUGCGCCCCACUCAUCAAUGCUCACUCACUCCAGUCUGCGAGCACUUCCACACCUACAAGAACCUCCUGACUUCAACUUGGUGGCACAGUCUUUCAGAUGGCUCUCCAAAGCUCUAUUCUACACUUGGCCCGCACGAAUCUGCUCCAGGAGUCAUGCAAGCAGCUUCUCAUCCAAGCCCGCGGGCUGCACAAGUCCACGGCGAGCGGCUCUCUGGAGAUCGCGGCGCACAGUCAGGCGGAACUGAAGGAAGAGAACGAGGUGAGUCCGGCCGUGGAGGGGCUGAAGGAGACCACAGUGAAGACCCUCCAGGAGAUGCCCGGACCCAGCACUUUCUCGAACCUCGUUGAGUUCUUCUACCGGGAUGGAUUCAGCCGCAUCCAUGAGAUCCAGACGGAGCAUGCGCAGAAGUAUGGGAAGAUCUUUAAAUCUCGAUUCGGACCUCAGCUGGUGGUGUCCAUCGCUGACAGAGACUUGGUGGCACAUGUUCUCAGGUCUGAAGGUGCGACUCCUCAGAGAGGAAACAUGGAGUCCUGGAAGGAGUACAGAGAUAUGAGGGGAAGAUCCACUGGACUCAUCUCAGCCGAGGGGGAUGAGUGGCUGAAGAUGCGCAGUGUUCUGCGACAGCUGAUUAUGCGGCCCAAAGAUGUGUCUGUUUUCGCCCCUGAUGUUAAUGAUGUGGUGGUCGACCUGGUGAAGAGAGUCAAGACACUGCGCAGCCAGCAGGACGAUGGCCAGACUGUCCUUAACAUCAAUGACUUGUUCUUCAACUAUGCCAUGGAAGGUGUUGCAACCAUUUUGUAUGAGACUCGCCUGGGCUGCUUGGAAAAUGAAAUUCCCAAGAUGAGUCAAGAGUACAUUGCUGCGCUGCACCUCAUGUUCAGCUCUUUCAAGACAACCAUGUAUGCCGGUGCAAUUCCUAAAUGGCUGCGUUCCAUAAUUCCCAAACCCUGGGAGGAAUUCUGCAGCUCAUGGGACGGACUCUUUAAAUUCAGCCAGAUCCACGUGGACAAGAGGCUUUCAGAGAUCAAAACGAAGAUGAAUAAAGGCGAAGAGAUUAAAGGAGGGUUGCUGACUCACAUGCUGGUCACCAGAGAGAUGAAUCUAGAGGAGAUCUACGCAAACAUGACUGAAAUGCUUCUGGCUGGAGUGGACACGACCUCUUUCACACUGUCAUGGAGCACAUACCUUCUGGCAAGACAUCCCACAAUACAGCAGGAGAUUUUUGAGGAAGUGGACAGAGUGCUGGGUGGGCGCGUCCCAACUGGAGAGGAUGUUGCGUAUCUGCCCCUUAUUAGAGGGCUUGUCAAAGAGACACUCAGGCUUUUCCCUGUUCUCCCUGGAAACGGACGCGUUACACAGGAUGAUCUGAUCAUCGGAGGUUAUUUCAUCCCUAAAGGGACUCAGCUGGCUCUGUGUCAUUACUCCACCUCAGUGGAUGAGGAGAACUUUCCCCGUCCCGGAGAAUUCCGUCCAGAUCGCUGGAUCCGCAAGGAUGCCUCUGACCGCGUCGACAACUUCGGCUCCAUCCCGUUUGGCUACGGCAUCCGCAGCUGCAUCGGGAGGAGAAUAGCUGAGCUCGAGAUGCACCUGGCUCUCACACAGCUCCUGCAGAAGUUCCACAUUGAGGUGUGUUCCCAGACCACUGAUGUGCAUGCUAAGACUCAUGGCCUGCUCUGUCCAGGAGCACCCAUCAACCUUAGAUUUGUGGACCGAAAGUAAUCUGUCAUUACACUAUGUAUUCAUGUAAACCAUAAUCCACACUGUGUUUCUUGAAGUCUAAAGAUGCCAUUGUGUAUAACAGUGCCUCUUCUAGCUUUUAUCUAACAAACAAUAUUUUUUUUUUAUUUGUGUAGAGUACCUCUAAGAACAUUUUUAUUAGAUAAUUGUUAGUUUUCUUGUUUGAAUAUUUAUAGCCAAUCAGCUGACCAAAUAUUUUUUAAAUGUUUAAACAGACACUAUUUUAUGGAGUCGGAUCAAUACGAAUUACUUGGAGAAUUGUGUUGACAAAUUCUCAUUUUCUUCACAUGCAUUUACAUCAUACUAGCAGUGUAACUUUUUCUCAUAGUUUUUUUUGGUUUCACUCCGCCUUAAAAUCAUUGUGAAAUAUGGUCAAAAAGACCUUGUAUAUAGUUGUUUUACUAUUAAGUUAGCUUUAGUGCUAAGCUCAUUAUUUAUUUAACAUUGUACGCUUAUAUACAGUCAAAGACUUCUAGCUUACAAACAGGAAAUUCCUAAAGCAAACAUGAGUGAGUAAAUCCUAUUACAACUACAAAGCUACUUUAGAAGAUCAUGCUAAUAUCCUGUCCUGUGGACACUAAUAUUAAAUAUCGUUUAAAGAAAACACAUCUAAUCACAACAAUGCCCAUCUUUAUUUGAAUGUGGCUAUCUCAUUUGAUAUUCAAGAGUGAUGAUUUUGUGUUGGUUCCACUAAAACUCUGUAAUUGAAAAGAUUUUAAUGCCAAAUGCAAAAUGUUGUGCACUAGCCUUAUAGGCAACGAAUGGAUAAUGGGACAUGCUAAAAAAUGAACUGCUUUUGGAUAACAUGAAUGUUGGUUUUGAUGGUUGUGAAGUAUUACAUUGUGUGAUAUUUGGAAGUUUUUGAUAUGUGGAAACAGGCUUUUGAAUAAGUUACUGAACUUUGUAUGAAUAAAUUACACUUCACUAA